UAGUUGGGGAUAGUUUGUCCUAGGUGUAGUUUUCUCUUUCCUGUGACUGAUCCUUGGCAAGGGGAGUGGGCUGUUUCACUGCUCCUCUGGAGCAGGUGCUGCCUGGCAUCUGCCUGAUGUGGGAUUUCUGGUGCAGUCCUGGGAAUUGCUGCCAGUGGCUGGGAGAGCAUAGUUUAAAACAUGGGAUCAGUGAAGGGACAUGAGAGCAGGGGGACCCUCUCUGAAGGAAAUGUGGUCACUUCCGGGGCUGGAAUUGCUGAACAGGCAGGCUGAGAUAGAUCUUGAGGGUCUUAGUGCCUGAACCCUCCUCCCCACACACAGCAGGGAGACCAAAAUGCUUCAGGUGAGACAUUUGCUGCAGCUGUUGGGAGCAGUUCGGCUGCUCCUGGGGACGUGGAACAAUAACCCUCUGAGUGUCCUGCUGUUUGUGGAGGGAUGGGCUGGCAUCUGGGGGCCUCUGCUGCCCUCCUCUGAGAGCAGCUCUGCUGGCAGCUCGUGUGCUCCACAGCUGCCCUUGGGACAGCAGGAAAUAUGUGUGGUAUUUGAUAUUAAAGUAAAUAACUGAGGGGCUACCAGCGUGGCAGAGCUGCUUGGAUCUCUUUCCACAUCUCCUGUGGCCUCAAACCCUGAGGAGGAGGAUGGUCUGAAAGCCUGCCUUGCUCAGCAGAGCAGGAAGCAAAGAGGUGCUGACAUCCAUCCUCAGCCUCACAGCCGUGGAAUCAUCCUCAUUUUCUCCAUGCUAAAGAUGUAGAGAUUGAAUUGCUAUGCUGGGAGUUGAAUCCCUGCUUUGGGAAUGCCAAAGGGCCACUCUCAAUGCUGAGUUAGCAGCAGCUGGCUGAGAAAGGCACAGUGCCCUCCUUGCUCUCUCCCAGAGAACAGUAAGUGUUUUUAGGGAUAGCAGGUCCCAAGGCUUGGUGAAAUCCCUUUCCCUUCUCCAGUUUCAGUGCUGGGAUAGACACAGAGGCAGCUGGCAUCAGAGGUGUCUCUCCAAACUACAUUCUUCCUUGAAAUCUGAUGUAAUUUUUGAAAAAUUGAACUGGGGAGUGUCUGGGGAGAUGCUGUUUUUCAUGGACAGGAUUUACUCAGAGGUUUGAGCUGGCCAGAAAUGUUUGAAGAGGAUGCAGUGACCCUGCAGUGCUUUUGUAAGGACCCCCAGGCUUGUUCCCCUUAUGCUGCAGAAUUCCUCACUAAUUCUUGCUGCUCUGGGAGCUGGGGGUGCCUGUCCCAGUGCCAAGCUCCAUCUGACCCUUUGCAUUUUGCUUUUAGGGGCUUGGAAGGUGACAAAUCUCUCACUUUGCCUCUGAUGUUGCACAGUUCAGUGCAUACAGCAUGAAAAUGAGGGAAGGGUCCUUAGUGAGGUCCCUCUUCUCCUGCCUUAGGAAUUGUGGUGGGGAUUAGGUGCCAAAGGGAGAAUCAAACAUGCUGGUGCUGGAAAUCAGAGACCCCAGAGGAGCCUUGCUGCAGCCCUUGCAGCCAGCUGAGCAAACAUGUGGCACAGCUGAGGAGCCUGGAGUUUCAGGCCAUUUGUUCCCCUUUCCGUGGCAAUACCAUCUGGUUCGAGUUUGCUGGGUAAGGGGUGUCAGCAAGUCAGAUUCUGCUUUCCAAACUCAAAGAUAAUGCCGGUUCUUCCUUCCCUUCCUAGCCUCUGCCUGCCUUUCUUUUUCUUCUUCCCCUUUCCUUCCCUGUCAUUUUCCUUCCUUUUAUUUCCACUUUCCCCUUUUUCCUUUUCUUUCCUGCUUCUCUUCUGGGAAGAAGAGGGGAGCACGUGCCACUCUCCCCCUUAUGACAAAUUACUUUUUCAAGUGGCUGGGAUUCAGCACAUCCCUCUCAAAGCUUCCUGUCAGCACUAUCAGUUCUCAUCCUUCCUGCCUUUGUUGGCUCCUGGAAGCAUUUCUACCUUUCUAAUCUGAGGACCCUCUGUUGCUGCUGGCCAAGCCUUGGGAGUUAAUAAUUACAAAGACUAAUUACAUCUGGUGCUGCUUUGCAGAGCUGAAGAUCUUUCCCCUCCUCCCAAAAGUUCUCUGAAGAUAGCAAAGGUUGCAGCCAGAGACACAAACAUCCCGGACACUCCGUUCCCAGACUUCAGAGCAUGGGCUUGGCCUGUGCUGUCCCCGUGGAUCCCGGCCAUGAGGCAGGGCAGGGCUGGAGGUGACACAGAUACCCGGGAGAUGCUGGGACAGAGAAUUGCUCCCUGUGUGGUAUCCACAGCAAAAUCCUGCAGUGGACACCAGGAUCAGCAUGUCUGACUCUCCUGCCUCCAGCAUUGGGUCUGUCCCAGAGGCAGAGGAUGGACAAGCUGAGAGCAGGGAGGGAGCUGUCUCUGUGUGUGAAUGCUCCAAAGGAGUACAGCUGCCUGGAGGAAAGCCCAGGGCAAUGGCAAGCCAGGUGAGUUUUGAGGAAGAGAGCCAGAAUCCACCUGCUGUGGGACACUGGAAGCCCCUGAUGCCAUCCAAAGGUGACAAGGAGGAGCCAGAGAGUGGGUGCCAGGAUGCUGGAGGUGUGCAUGAGCCCCAGUCCACGGAGCAGCUCAACGUGUCCCGGCUGCGGAGCUCCUCGGUGGAGAUCCGGGAGAAGGGCUCCGAGUUCCUGAGAGAUGAGCUGCACAAAGCACAGAAGGAGCUGAAGCUCAAGGACAAAGAAUGUGAGAGAUUGUCAAAAGUCAGGGAACAGCUGGAACAGGAACUGGAGGAGUUAACAGCCAGCCUGUUUGAGGAAGCCCACAAGAUGGUGAGAGAAGCCAACACCAAACAGGCUGCGGCAGAGAAACAGCUCAGGGAGGCUCGGGGCAAGAUUGACAUGCUGCAGGCAGAGGUGACAGCCCUGAAGACGCUGGUGAUCACAUCCACGCCGUCCUCCCCGAACCGGGAGCUGCACCCUCAGCUGCAGAGCCCUUCCAAAGCUGGCUUCAGAAAGGGUCACGGGCGGAACAAGAGCACCAGCAGUGCCAUGGUGUCAGCUGCCAGCCAGAACGUGCCUCCAGAGCCUGUCAGCCGGGAGUGCAGAGAGGUCGACUCCAUUUUAUUUGCCGAGUUCCAGGCCUGGAAGGAAUCUCCAACUUUGGACAAAUCCUGCUCGUUCCUGGACAGAAUUUACCGAGAAGAUGUAAGACCUUGUCUGGACUUCACCAAGCAAGAGCUGUCAGAGCUGGUGAGAGUGGCAGUGGAGCAGAACACCCUCACCAUCGAGCCAGUGGCUUCCCAGGCUGUCCCCGUGGGGAAGGUGGCAGCAGAAGAGUGUGGUGGCCCCAAUGGCUUCCGGUCACAAAUCGUAACGAAAUGUGCUCUGAGCGGCCUCCCCAGGACCUGCAAGCACCGGAUCAUGCUGGGGGAUUCUGGGAAUUACUACUACAUUUCCCCUUCCUGUAGGGCCAGGAUCACAGCAGUGUGCAACUUCUUCACCUACAUCCGCUAUAUCCAGCAAGGCCUGGUGAGGCAGGAUGUGGAGCUGAUGUACUGGGAGGUCAUGCGGCUCCGCAGGGAGAUGUCUCUGGCCAAACUUGGAUUUUAUCCCAGCGAGAUGUAAGCAGAGCCCUGAGCCUGGAGGAAACUGCUCCUGGAGGAAGGGCUUGGAGUGCAGUGCCUGUCCUGCUGCCUCCCACCUUCCCUCUGCCCGGAGCAAGGAGCAAGAGGCACAAGUUCCACCUUCAGCUGUCCCACUCCUCCAAGUGUGACUGGAAUGCAGCUGCCACGCUGCCCCUGGAGCUGGGCUGGCCCUGGCUGCUCCAGGAUGGCCAUCCAUGGACUCUGGACUCUCCUAUAUGCAGUGUAUAUCCAUUUUUUAAAACCUUUUGUUUUUAUAUGCAGCCUGCUUUGGCAUAACCCGAGGCCAGGCCUGUGCAGGGUGGGAAUUCUGGACCUUCCUUGGGAGCCAGUCUGUCAGGACAGAUGCUGGCUGUCUGUUCCACUUGUUUUUUUGGGAUGGAGGGGGUGCUGUCCCUGAGGUCCUGCUGACCACAGCAGCCCUGAAAAUGCCAGCAGAGCGCAAUAAUCUUGAACAGUUUGUUUCCAAGUACUUCCUUGUUCCUUUUCAAGGAGCCUGCGAGAGAAGCUUGUUGCCAGCGGAGUCACAAAGAGGGAUUUGUUCCUGUUUGUAGCUGGAUGUUUGGCACUGGGUUAUGCAAGCUGGGGAAUGGCUGGAGCUGUGCACCUGGGGCCUCCAGCAGAAGAAAGAGAGCAGGGAAAUUCCCUAACUCCCCGCAGGCUGCAGGAUUUUUUCCCCUGGACUAGGGAAUCUGCUGGAGUUGUCAAAGGCAGAUGCAGAACUCUGUGACAGUCCCUGGUAUGAAGUCCCCCAUGAAGCUCCUAAACACAAACCUCACUACAAACAAGUCUUGGAGCUGUUCCUGCUCUUGAGGGAGCUUUGGGCAGUCCUGUUCCCACUCUUCAGGCAGAACCCUUGCCCUGGCUGGGUUCUUCGUGUCUCCAGGAGAUGCGUGCCCAGGCUGGGCAGUCCCAAAGCCCAGAGAUUCCUUCCCAGUGUUACAUCAGAGCUGGAGAUGCCUGUCCACUGGGAAUCACAGCUUUUCCUGGGCUGCCAUUCCCUGGUGAGGGAGUCUGAGACCUCUUUGUGUGCACAUGAGGAAUGUGGCUGCGGUUCUUGCCUGCACCAAAAUCUGCUGGGAGGGAGGGAUGUCAUUGGAGCUGUAGGAAUGCACAGGCCUGACACAUCCUGAGCCCAGACCCAGGUUUAUUAAAGCCAUGACAGUAUUUUGUAGCUAAUUUAGCCUUUUUUCAGUGACUCUGGAAUCAGCUCAGCCAUCACCCACUCUGGGGUUUCCACUUCUGACAGGGUUGUCACCCUGUCCCUCUGCCACCCUCAGCAAGCUGGUGCCCAUCCUCAGCUCCCUAAUUCCAUCCUUUCCUGAAGAACAUUACAGUAGGAACUCGAUUUUCUUCCACUGAGCUGCUGGAUUUUGUUUAGAGGAGAGAGAAAUAACGCAGCUUUGGUUUCCCCAGCUGUGGAUUUCAGCUCAGGUGAAUUCCACCCCUGGAAUUCCUCCCUGCAUCUCUUCCCUCAUCCUUUCUAUCUCUCCAUGUCUUCCUGUGCCGUGAGCUGCUACACUGCACAAGCGUUGCAGCACUGGGAAUGAGAUGAUCUCUCUGGCUAGGAGAUGUUUUGGUUUGUGGGAUAUCUUUUCCCCCUUGGUGUCACAUUGCAAAGCACUUUGAGACAGAAGGAACUGGAGCAAUGCCUUGUCUGAGGUUGUCUUGCAUUUCAAACAAAGCAGAGAACAAUUUGUGAAGGAAAAUGAAGUCACUCCGUUAGCAGCGGGAUGGUUGCACCCUGCUCUUUCAUAAAGGAGAAUAAACAUUUGCUAUUAACCUCUACAA